CACACACUGCUGCCCGUACUAUUCCAUUUGGAUUCUUUCUUUUCCUUGGAUCUAUUCAGCCCAUACUCACGGCCAUUUGCGCAUCUUCUUUGCGUUGGCGCAUGGUUUUGUUCAUCAUCUGUUUCCUGCAGGUUUUCCGUCUCCCUGACAGCCUUGCGAUCUACGCUACGCCUCCCGGGACUGUACAUGGACACACCAUUGAAUUCACAUCCUAAGAACCCAUCUUCGGGCAUUCUCAAUCUCUGAUUGCAUCUAUGCCGCCUCCGAGGAAUGCGCCCACGCGCUCAUCGCAACGGCGCAAUUCCUUGCAAGAUGACACGCCUGUGCGAACCCGUGCUGGAAGGGGAGCAAAGUCAGGCCUAUCCAGGCCAGACCCGCCAGAGAUUGUAGCACCAAAGGCGACUCCGACGAAACUGAGUCCCAACGUCGCCAGGAAAGCCACUCGAUCAGCAUCCAACAUUUCCGGUCAAUCGUUCGAAGCUGCGCCUGAAGUAUAUGCUUCGUACGAGGACCCGCUCUUUAUGGUGUUUGGCAUAUCACACGAGUUCUUCGACGGUCUCAAAAAGCAUCAUGGUAAACUUCCAAAGCAACGAAAAGUCAUUAUUUCCUCUCUUCCACAGCAAUCGCCUAGUUCAGAUGAUUCCGACUCAUCUGAUGAAGAGAGCGUGGAAGAGAGUGAGGUCGAUGCGCCAAUCGUGCCACAGCCAGCCCCAAGGGGAGGUCGAGGUCGCGGUCGCGGUCGUGGCGGGCGCGGUCGAGGCGGGAGAGGCAGAGGCAGAGGAGGUCGCCCAAGAGGAGGAGGAGCUGUAAGAACGACUUCUCCUGUGCGAGCACGCCCAUCUCGCAAUGCUGCCCCCAUGUUUCCACUUACAGAAGAGGAUGAUGACCAACCGUCCAAUCAAACGAUGAAUGCCAAGCCGCUACGCCGUAUACACGGUUCUGAGCCCUCACCAGACUCAGACAGCUCAGAAGUUGAAGAUGAGCAAGAAAUCGAUGAUGGGGAUACUGACGAUGGAGAGCCAAUGGAGGGCGUUCAAAAUCAAUCAACGACACCUGGCGGCUCACCGCCACCCAAAUUUCACGCUUCAAUCAUCGGAGGCACAUACACGCCCCAUCACACGUCAGCAACGACACUAGGGCUAGACUCGGAGCGCAAAACAACUACCAUCAACAAAAUACCAGUUCCACGGAUAUCUCUCCCAACAGGUUCGGCUACCCAAACUCCACGAGAUGGGACUUCCACGCCAGCAACUUCAGCAGUAUCUAGACUGUUGGACCCUGACGACGAUGUACUGUCAGACUCGGAUCUUCCGGAAGCCUGGAUCGAACAUGCGCCUUUGCCCACUGAGGCCGAGUGUGAAGAUAGGGCUGAUUAUCUACUGCAAAAACGGUUCAAGCCCAUGACUGAUGUACAAGCCAUCGUUGCAGCGCUUACAAAAUUUCCUGCAUCUCAGCGAAGUACCGCAAAUCUCUAUGCACUGACCCAAAAUGCUCAAAGUAUCCUCAAAGCCUGGCAGGAUGAGUAUCUCAUGUUAGACGCAAGGACCGCGCCUCAUAUGCACCCACCCAAGAAAGCAUGCAAUGGAGGGCGAAAUCCUUUAGCUACUGAUAUCUUUGAAGACCUGAAGGAAGCCGACCUCUACGGCUACACCUACGACCCGAAAAAACUACCAGGCUGUCAGAAUCCUUGGGCGCAACGACCAGGCGCUGAGAAGAGUGGUGGCAGAGAGCUCCGCACACGACGUACUCGUGACAUGCUCGACUCAGCUGCAGCAAGCGAAGAAGAGGAAGAGGAAGAUGAAGAAGGCCGUCCCGCGAAGCGACAACGGAAGGCGACGCGGAAAUUUGAUGGUACCGACUCUGGAAACGGGACCAACACGCCCAAGAAACAUAAUGGAUGGGGCGGUGCACGAAAGAAAGGCGUCAGCAGAUUUGCGAACACCACAUCUGAGACUCCCGAGCCCGAAGGCCGACUUGCGAAGCGUGCGAGGACAGCUGCUACCAACCUACUUCAUCAACGCAUUCAAGAGAUGCGAGAAGAGUCGGCCUUUGGGAGCUCAGGCGACGAAGGCUCCUCUGCAAUGGAUGUGGACGACUAUUCGGAUGCAAAUCCAAAGCGAGGGCGCCCAGCCGGCAGCAAGAACGUGGCAAGACGUAGCGACUACGGCGUGAAGAAAGGGCCACGCAAAAAGACUAGCGAGACUGGCACGCCAGCUCCAUCGGCACAUGGCCCAAAUGCUCCGCCCCCCGCACUGAACUCUCUGAGUGAAGGUCAAGGUCAGUUCACGAUUGAUGCUCAACCUUUUCCAGACACACCCUCACUGGUAGCAAACUCUGCUGAGACGGUUUUCCAAGCCACGCCACAACAUUCUACUCUUCAAGAAGUGCCUCUUAUACAUCCGAGCGAAUCGACUACGCCCGAUGCAUAUAUGAUUACAGCCCCUCUCAGCCAAUACACCAACAACUAUGUCGAAGAGUCGACACCUACAUCAGGUUCGAGACGAAAACCGCGCGUUAAGAGCGAAAAGCGGAGUCACUCAAUGACGAUCUGGUGGGCAGAGCGGAAGGCACGCAAAAGAGAGCAAGAUGAGAAAAACGGCACACCUGUGAAAGCUCCCGCCUCAAGGUCGAACUCCUCAAGCGGAAAGAAAGGUGGCAGAACAUCGGGAGACUCCGUAACCGCUACAACGCCCCAAGCGACACCUUCAGAGGCACAACAACAGCAACAGGAACCCUCCCCGACUUAUCAUCCCCAGCACCCACCACCAGAAGCAUAUGCUCCGUACGCCACUCCGGGGCCAUUCUCAGGCCCUCCCCAACACUACAUGUACGUCUCCGCUCCACCGGCGCAUCCUAUGAUGAUGCAGUAUUCGCCACUUGCAGCCUUGCCGUCGGGCUCUUUUCCCGCAUACUCAGGCGCGCCUCCACCGAACUCUCAAUAUGGCCCUCGAGCACUUGCCCCAGCGCCAAUGCCGCUCCAGCAUGUACCAACAUACCCAAGUCCAUAUGGUCCGCAAAGCCCUGCUGGCUCUGGGCCCAAGAGUAGUGGACAGCCGCCGCGAAGCGGACCGCCCGCGUUAGCACCAGCGCCACCUCAACAUUACAGUCCUUACGCGCCGAUCGGUGCGGAUCGACAGAUGCCGUUCAAGGUUAUGGUCCCGGGCCCCACAACAACAGAGGAGAGGAGAGACAGUCGUUAGGUGCGAUUGCCUCCAGAAAAGGGUGAUGAUGAUGAUUGUGUUUGGAUUCUUCUCUGAUUGUGAUGUAUAUAUAUAUAUUGGCGUAGGGUAGGAAAGAAUUCCUGCAUAUUGUUUUCUCAGCGCGGACAGUAUACUGAGGUAGAACACCUUACUAGUGUCCUAGGACUCAUUUGUAAUAGCAUGUUUUGUUUCCAAAUAUCGUAGCAACAUUUCGAAGAAUAUAUAAUAUAUUCUGUCAACGCACCAUGCCGUUGUAUAUAACCAC